AUGCCGUCUUCCGAAGCGUCUGAUUCGUUGAGUGCCACGACCUGUGAGCAGUGUCGUGAACAGCAUUUGCGAUGUGACCGCGUCUUGCCCAUCUGCGGGCGAUGUCUGAUGACGGGGAGAGAGUGCAAGAAGGGGUACAAGUUCCGCGCGCCCAAACACGCCGUCUUCAAGGAGAGCCACAAGUGGCCGGCGCCGCCCAAGAAGCUCAAGUUCAUCGACGAGACGCGCGGGGUCGAGCUCGGCGAGACGGGGGACGGCGAUGAGCGGAAUGACAGCUCGUCCAAGGAAGACGAGGAGACGACGACUAAUUCACCAGGGACGGCCACCGUGGGCGACUCGACCGUCUCCGAGGAACAGCGGCGGCCCUCGCUCCAGGCGACGAAGGCGGCGAGCUGGCCUCUUCCGGAUGAGAGCCACCACAGCAGCGAGAUCGUCGAUGAGCCAUUGCUGUCUCAACGCGCGUCGCUGAGCACGCCGGGCGGUGAUCGCCUCAGCCAGGACGACAGCCACCGCGAGCAUUCCGACUCGGUCGAGACGCUGCCGCCGCUGGAGCCUCUCGUGCCGCCGACGGGAGGCAUCUACACCGACCGUCCGGUGUGGCCGAUCCAGGGACGCCAGGAAGCUACGCUAUUCCGUCACUAUGUGCAAAAGCUGGGGUUUUGGCUCGACGCGUGCGACCCGACAAGAAACUUCGAGACAGAAGUGCCGCAGCGCGCCGGCUCGUGUCCGAUCCUGCUCAACGCCAUCUUCGCGCUGGCGGCACGGCACCUCAGCCUGACGAGCGCGUACGACUCCCUCGCGUCGAACCGGUAUCACGAGCAGUGUCUGAACUACCUGAUCCCGCUGCUGGACCACGCCGGGACGGUGUCGGACGAGAACCUGUUCGCGGCGACCAUCAUCCUCCGGGUGCUCGAGGAAAUCGACGUCAACACGCUCGGCCAGGACACGCACGGCCACCUCCUCGGGAUCCACGCCUUCGUCAACGCCGGCGACCGCUUCCUCAUGCCGGGCACGCUGACGGCCGCCUGCUUCUGGGCGGGCCUGCGCCAGGAGAUCUACAGCGCCGUCAUCAACCAGCAGGUCGUCAGGAUGAACCUGGGUCACGCCAUCGUCGACCGGUCGACCGGCCCCGGCGACGACUUCGUCUGGGCGAAUCGUGCCAUCGUUCACUGCGCCGACGUCCUCAACUUCUGCUUCGGGUCCGAGGCGGGGUCGGUGCUGCGAUGGGGCCAGCUGGAAAUGGCAAACAGAGAGUGGAAGAACGCCCUGCCGGCCUCGUACACGCCCAUAUUCUUCCGGGAGAGGACGGAAGAGGAGGCUUUUCCCGAAGUAUGGUAUCAGAAGGCGUGUCACAUCAUCGCCGUCCAACAUCACAUUCUCGCCGAAAUGUACCUCGUCUUGUUCAACCCGAGCAUCCCGCGCGUCGGAGGCACGCGUAAGGCGGCGGAGAAGCGAUUGACUGAGCAGAUCCAGGAACUGCUCCGGAGUCUAUGUGGCAUCGGCAUGUGCAACCAGUGGUCUCCUCCCGCCAUGUUCACCGCGUGUAUGGGCAUAGCUAUCGGCAAGUUUAUCUCUAUCUGCAUCUCUUCUCCUGGUGAUCGCUUCGACGAGAAACACGACCAGGAGGCUCUCCUGAACAUGCUGAGCAUCACCGAAAAGGCCCACGCACGACCCACGACGGCGGUCAAAGAUCAGCUGAUGCACGCAUGGGGGUGGAUGGACGGGGAGGCGAUGAGCGAGGGGUAA